AUGUCUUACAAUAAUCAUUUCCAAUUUACGCCCCAACCCGGCAGGCAAUCUACACAUCAUUUAAACCACAAAGUCUCGGAUUUGUCAGACGGCCCGUACGACGAAGAAACGUCACAGCUUCGGGGUCGGGAAUCCCUUGUAUCACUACAAUCGGCCUACGGGUCUCCACGGUUGGACGGCGCAUCGGACGAUAAUACUUACGAGCCGAAAUCGUCAUGGUCUGUACCCUUCGUUGCAUCUGGUGGGGGAAGGUACCAACCCAUUCCGGCGCCGGGUCGCUCCGUGUCGACAUCUAGGCGGUUUAAGAGCUUUCGCGCUAGAGUCCAAGAUACGAUCCACGAAGACGAAAGCAUCGACAUGUCGCUGCUCCAAAACGCCGCGCAACCCGGGCGGGUUGACCCACGCCGAUAUGCCCCCCACGACCGGCACACCGAACCGGCGAUCGACAUAACCUCCUUCGCGGGACCGAUAAGUUCCCAAGACCCGAAAUUCCUCGAGUCCCUCCAGAAGCAAGAAGCUAACGGCAGAUUGACGGGAGGCAUUGGGAAAGGGAUGGGACCCAUGGCUACUAUCAAGGAAGAACAUUUAAUAGCGAAUUCGCCAACUCUUAAGAGGAGUUUCACGCAAUCUUUCUCGAUGGGACGGGCUCCCACUCCUAAAACCAAGGCGGCGGGGCUUAGAGAGCUCGGCCAAAGCGAGGCGAAUAGGAGAGGAGAGGUUAUUGAGGUUAUUGUGGAAGAACCGCCGGAAGUGGAUUUGAGUACGAUGGUGGGACCGAGUGCUCUUGGGUUGGAUUCGGAGUGGUCGCGUCGGUCGACGUUAUUGAUGAAGGAAAGUAGGGCGGAAGUUUUUUACCCGCAACCUAAUUGGAAGCCUUUCUCGAUGAGAUGGCUUUAUAUAACUGCCUUGAUUCUCUUAUCUGUGGCCCUCGCCAUCUGUCAAGAGAUUCUGUACCAACAGGCAGCCAAGAAGCCUCUCAUCACGUUCGAGAAGGCUACCGACCUUGGCCCGGGCUACUACUUCCUUUUCAAGUUUGUGCCUACUAUAAUAACCGUUACGUACGGUGUCUUAUGGCAGAACACCGACUUUGAAGUUCGACGACUCGAAGCAUUCUACCAAUUAUCGAAAGAGGGUGGAGCAUUAGCCUCUGAGUCGAUCAAUGUUGAAUACGUCACACUAUUCAACUUCGCCAGACCGUUUCGAGCCCUGCAAAGAAAACAUUGGGCGGUAGCCACAUCUUCCGUAGCGACUCUCCUCGCCGUAUCCUUGGUCCCCACGUUGGGCGCCGCGGCGCUUGUUGUGGGCCCAGACCGCGAUACCAGAAUAGCCAAUCCGGACGUUGAGAAGACUAUUACCUUCGAUGCGGUCCUGUCACGGCUAUUAACGAUGACUUUCUUCAUCAUCGCGGUGCUUGGGUGUGUCUUAUUCCAUCAACUGAAUACACGACGCUCAGGUCUACUCUCAGACGUCAAGGGGAUUGCUGGGUUAGCAUCUAUGGCGGUCGUGAGUCACAUCAUGAUGGAUUUCAAAGACAUGGAUGUCGCCAAACAUAAGGACAUCCACCAGAAACUCAAGAACCGGCGGUACGCGCUACGGAACUCGUCUUUGGUCCCCGAGGACUCGGUUUUGGUGUCUUCUCGCGAGAGCGAUAGAUACAAGGACACGGACUUACCGGAGAAUCCACACCCGUUGAUGUUGCGAGCUGAGGGUUGUAUACCGUUUAUCUUCGGCAUCCUCGUGUUCCUAGGUUUCAUCCCCGUGUUCUUAUUCACACCUGCCAGUAUCCUGACGGAUAAAGCGCCAUGGGUUGUCACCGCACUCGCGGUCUGUAUUAAAUUGACCUGGGGUAGUCUGGAAACCGCAAUUCGCAUGAUGGAACCAUAUUACAUCCUCUCAAAACGCCACUCCCCGGCCAAAGUCUUAACACUAGACUACACCGCAAUGCCCUUCGCCGUAGUCGCCGUACGCGCAUUACUAAACCGGCACUGGAUGGUGUUCCUAGUAUCCUGGGGAUCCAUAAUGGUCGAAGCCCUAACCAUAUUCGUAACCAGUCUGGCCACAGUCGAAGGCCGCGAUUUCCUCAACAUGCUCAGCGAAGCUGAGGACCACGAUUCCGGGUCUGACCAAUUCCUGCAAAAGGGUCUAGGAUCCGGUUCUGAGACUGUGCUUUCGUUUACUGUGUCCCUCGCGCUUACGGUUUUGAUCUUGCUUUAUCUGUGCGUGGUCGCGACGGUCGUGUUUAUCCGCCGUAGACACCCGUUCUUGCCGCGGCAACCUAGUACGAUUGCCAGCGUGCUUGCGUUCGUGCACCAGAGUAAGAUGGUUUAUGAUUUCGUUGGUACGGCCAAGUUUACGAAUGCGGAAAUGAGGGAGCGGCUUGAUGGGCUGGGGAAGACGUAUGGGUUGGGGUGGUUUGAUGGGAGGGAUGGGUUUACGCAUUGUGGCGUUGAUGAGGAGGAGUUGAAGGGGAGUUAUAGACAUGGCGUUGACUAUGCUAGCGGGAAUCAACCUUGGUUGACUAAUUGGCAGGUCUUUUAG